AUGAGCGUUUCUCUAGCGGUAGAAGGUAUGGAUGCCUUGGCGCUUGCCCAAGAGGGUGAGCGGUUAUGCCGCGAAAACAGCAUGAAAGCAGGAAUAAAGUACUUGGAAAUGGCUUUGAAUAAAAAAAUCGACCUUGGAGGACGCAGCUUAGAAGCGUUGUCUGCAAUUUAUUCACAACUAGGAAAUGCUUACUUUGUGUUACGCAUUUUCGAUAAAGCACUGGAAUAUCAUCGACAUGAUUUGGAAACUGCCAAAUUGCUCAAUGACCGUUCUGGGCUUGCGAAAGCUCAUGGCAAUAUAGCAAAUACCUACAAAGCUUUGGGUGAUUUUGAUAGCGCUUAUGAGCAUGCAGUUUCACAUUUACGAUUAGCACAGGAACUUAAUGAUAAAGAAUGUGAGGCUGGAGCUCUUUAUAAUGUGGCAUCUGUUUAUCAUUGUCGUGCAAAAACAAUAAUCCAUGCAUCGGAACCUCUUGAUAAAUCUGGGCUUCUUACAGCUAGCGAUAUGACAGCAACCUCUCAACUUCAAGCUGCUAUAAAUUGUUAUUUACAAAAUCUUCACAUAGUCGAAAACAUGAAAGAUUUCGUUGCAUGUGGUAGAACGUAUGGCAAUAUUGGUAACAGUUAUUAUAUGCUUGGUGAUUAUGCAACUGCUGUUUAUUAUCACAGUAAACGAUUGGAUAUUGCUCGACAGUAUGGUGACCGUGCAGCAAUGCGACGUGCCUACACAAAUCUUGGAAAUGCGCAUAUUUUCCUUUCAGAAACGGCAAAAGCCUUAGAAUAUUAUCGCUUGGCGCUGUCAAUUGCAGCGGAAUUGCGCGAUGAAGUGACAGAAGCACAGUGCUGUUUCAAUGUUGGUAAUGGUGCUGCUAUAUGUGGCGAUCAUAUAACGGCAGUAGAAUAUCACACUCGAUAUUUGAAGUUUGCUAGGAAUUUGGGUGACCGCGCUGCAGAAUCGCGUGCGUGUGCGGCUCUAGCAACAGAUUUUCGAAAACAGGGAAUGAUGGGAAAAGCCGUUUAUUUCUAUGUACUUCAAGGACAUUUAUUAGUUGAGAUGGGCGAUCAAGGUAGUGAAGAGAAUGUGCGUAGCUCGCUGGAAGAUUUGUUGAAAUCAAUAAAGAGAUGGCCUGUAAAGGAAAUUAGCGAUUUAGAAAUGGAUUCAUCUGGUGAUCCUGAACCACACAAUGCUUCCGACUUAAAUGCAUCCUUUAAAAAAUUACUCUAUGAAUCAGAGAUGAACUCGGGCUCCACACAUCAGCUGCUUAAUGAUUCAACGAUUGCAGCUAUUGACAAACAGCCGGUUCGAUUUACCAAUUAUAACGAUGAUUUCUUUGAAAUGGUUUCACGCUUACAGUCAAAACGACUCAACGAUCAGCGCUGUGAUCCUAUCAUACUGAGCGAUUUGACGAAUCAUUCAAAGAAUGGCACUCGACAGUCGGAUACAAUUGCUUGCAAUCUAGAAGCCGAGGCACGUUUUGGACGGAGGCACCGAUUAUCAGCGCUUUUUGGACGUGUUAGAAAAGCAGCAAGGCGACAAAGCUUACUAAUGUCUGCAUCAUUUUUUCCUUCUACGACUUCGACACCUCGAACUGCUCCUUCUUCGGUGAAGCAACAACUACUUGCCGACAGCAGUGAUCAUUUGCGUAACAAAUCACCUGCAAAAUGCCCAACGGCGUCACGUUUACAGCGUUCUUCCUCGGAUACAAUAGUGCAAAAUAUCAUGGAUGGCAAUGGUGAUGUAUUUGUGCAGUCGAGUAUGUCGCGGGCAGCUGAGUCGCCGGAAUUCCGAAUUCCGAUCGCACCACCUCGAAACCGAAGUCGUUGUAAUCAAGUUACCUCGUCGAGUUCCAUCUCUUCGGGACGAAAAAAUGGUGCCGAAGGAAUGCUUGAUUUAAUAGCUAGUUUGCAAGGUCGUCGAAUGGAAGAACAGCGGGCUCAUCUGAACGUUCAGUCGGAAGCAAUAUCUUUAUCAAUUAAUGGCAUUGUGAAAGAUAAUAAUGAUAAUGCGGAGCAAUCAACACCAUCAUCGCCACAUGUGGAACAAUCACGAUCUGAAGAUGCUGGUAACUUGUACGAAAUGGUAAUUCGGAGUCAAAGGGAUCGGUUAGAUGAACAACGAAGUGAGUUACCGCGAACUAUGCCAGUAGAAGAUGUCUAG